AUAGGAAAAAAAUAAUUAAAAAAAAUGUUACGUUACAUAACGUAUAAUGAAAAAAUAGAUUUCCACGGUAAGGUAAUACUUUGGAAAGUCAAGCGAAUUUCCAUAUUAAUCUCGAAUGUGAUUCAAUGGACAAAGAUUAAAACUUUACUAACAUAUCACUGAAUACGUCAAGAAGAGUUUAAAACAAUUGAAAAUUAAUGACAUCCGUUAUUCUAUCAUAAUUAUUAGAUUCGAGAUAUGGGAAAACUAUAAUGAAGUCGUAAACAUGUUUGCAUUAGGUACAACAAUGGUAUUGGUGGAAAUAUUACGUGAAUAUAACGUAUCACAUAUCUUGUGAGCGAAAAUAAAUGUAAAAAGGUGUUUAUCUCGAUUCUGAAAAUAUAUUAAUUGUUUCGUAAUAUAAAGGGCGGACUUUCUUUGACUGGAAAUCGUAACGAUUUCGAGAUAACUGUCAAACAUGACUUUUUUAAUAUGAAAGUAACGCUACGAAUGAAGAAAAUUGCACUUAAUAUCAGAGAAAACAACCUCAUAACCUUUUGACACAUCAUGGCAAAUCCAGGUGAUUCUAUUAUAUGUGGCGGUUUCUCAUUUUAUAAUAAUUUUGACUCAGCUAAUUUAGCGAAAGUUGAACUAGUAAAAGUGCCAGAGACUUUUGAAAAGGAUGCAUGUGAAACAGAAAAUAAAUCAUGUAGAAGCUCAAAUUCAGAAGAUGCUACAGAUUAUGAGUUUAAUUUAUGGACAAAACAUGAUUGUCAUGGAACACAAUAUCAAAACAACAACAGAACAUGGUUUUACUUUGGCGUUAAAGCUAGUACUCCAGGAGUUUAUAUAAAAUUCAAUAUAAUUAAUUUGAAUAAACAAGUUAAAAUGUUCAGUCAAGGAAUGUGUCCGGUAUUUAAAGUUGUACCUGGUCAUCUGCAUUGGGAAAGGAUCCGUGAUAAACCCAGCUACACUUUGGAUCAAAAAGGAAGUGAUUUUACAUUGUCAUUUGUUUACUUUGCUCCUGAAAAUCCAAAAGCGAUAACAUAUUUUGCAUUCACUUACCCUUUUUCUUACACCGAUCUACAAAAUUAUUUGAGAAGAGUUGAAGCAAGAAUAUUAAAGAGAAGUAUAACAUCUGCAGAUGAUGUUUAUUAUCAUAGAGAAUGUGCAAUAAAAUCUUUAGAGGGACGGAGGAUGGAUCUAAUAACAAUAAGCUCAUUUCAUAACAUAUCAACGGAGAGAGAAGAUAGACUGAAUAACAUGUUUCCUGAAAAAACUGAGGAAAGACCUUUUAAAUUUUGGGAUAAAAAAGUAAUUUUUAUUAGUGCGAGAGUCCAUCCAGGAGAAACACCAUCUAGUUUUGUUUUUAAUGGUUUCCUUAAUUUUCUGAUAAAUCGCGAGGAUAACAUUGCAAUUAAUCUUCGUCGCCUUUAUGUGUUCAAAUUGAUACCAAUGCUCAACCCUGAUGGUGUAGUUAGAGGUCAUUACCGAAUGGAUACUAGAGGAAUAAAUCUCAAUAGAGUCUAUCUCAAUCCUUCUUUAAAAGAUCAUCCAACAAUAUAUGCUGCAAGAAAUUUGAUAAGGUAUUAUCAUCAUACGUAUCAGCUGCCAAAAGAGGACGAGAUUUCAAAUAUGUGUAUAGGAAAUGGCGAAAAUACGUUAACUGUUAUUGAUUCCUCUUGUGCAAUUGCAAAUAUAGUACGCGAUACAACGACGAGAUUACUCCAGCAGGUAACACUUAUGUCUUUAGACGAAAAGCGUAAAGAUCAACCGGAAAUUUUUCAGGAAUGUGCAUCACCAAAAACAGAUUUGGAUGACAUACCUCAGGGUGGUGGAGAAGGCCUGUGUAAUAAAGCAGAAGAAAGUAAUAAUUCUGUAGAACUUAAAUCUGAUAAAAAGACUUAUACAGCUAUUGGUAUAGGACAAUUACCCAAAGAAGACUCUGGAUUAUAUUUAUAUAUUGAUCUUCAUGGUCAUGCUUCAAAAAAGGGUGUUUUCAUGUAUGGCAACUACUUUGAUAAUGCAGAGGACACAAUAAUGUGUAUGCUUUUACCAAAAUUAAUGUCCAUUAACAAUCCAAAUUUUCAUUUUACUUCGUGCAAUUUUACAGAAAGAAAUAUGUAUAUUAUAGAUAAGAGAGACGGUAUGUCAAGAGAAGGAUCGGGUCGAGUAGCUGUAUAUAAACUCACUGGACUGAUACGUAGUUAUACUCUUGAGUGUAACUAUAAUUCUGGACGUUUAGUAAAUUCAAUACCUUCAAGAAUUCGUGAUGGUGUGAACAAAACAGUAACACAUAUGUUUGUUCCACCAAAGUAUACUCCAGCAGUUUUUGAAGCGGUUGGAGCAGCAUUAGGUCCUUCAAUUCUUGACCUGACAAAUAAUAAUCCUAACAGUCGACUGCCAAAUAGCCAAUAUCGUUCUUUAAGAGGUGUAAAGUCUUAUUUAAAAUUAGCAUAUGUGAACAAUAUUUCCUCGCCAAACGGCAAAUCUCUACAUAAGGACGAUAAUAAUAUUAUACCUUCAGAUUCUUAUAAUUUAAAAGACAUUGAAUCUCAAAUAAGUAACUCUUCCGUUGGGUUAAAGAACUCGAUGAAGAGUGAAACAAGUUUCGUAAAAAAACCAUGCAUCAUUCGUCGUACUACGUCUCUUUAUACCGCAGUAAAAAGAAUAAAAAACAAUAAAAAAGUUCGACAAACUGUAACUCGUAGGCCGCUAAAAAAUCAAUGCGUUAAUGAUAUCGAGAGCAGUUCAAAAAUUCCUGUAAUCGGACCAAAAAGUAUCGUAAAGUCAUUUUUAAAAACUUCAGAGAAUCGCUUGAAAAGUUCAUGUUUUGGAUGUAUCAACGAUUCUUCAGAAAUAAGAGAUAUUCAAUAUGCGAAUAAAAAAUUAAUAGCGACAAACAAAUUCUCCAAGAUGGCGUUGUCUUCCGAAGAAACAGCAAUUGUAAAACAUGGAGCGAAAAGAUUAAAAAUUGUUUCUAUGAAAGUAAAUAAAGGGAAAUCGGAAGUUGGCGAGUCAUCUAACAACGUUCCGGAAACGAUAAAAUCGCCAUCGAAAACGUUGUUUUUGUCCAACAAGCAAAACGUAAGAGGGACUACAAAAGCAAUGAAGAAAUGUUGUCAUAAAAUGGAAUAAAACAAGUCGAAGUCUUCCAAGCAGAAAGAAUCAAUAGAGGUAGUAUAGUAAUUGCAAACUUAUUGAGUAACGAAAAUGCAAACAGAAUUCUAAAUUAGCCCGUAAAGCAUGAUGCCGUAGAAAAUUAAUGCUUUAGCGAUCUGUUGUAGCUUUAUAAAUUCUUUUAGACAAAUACUUUAAACAUAAAAAAUAUAUAUAAGUUAUAUUUAUUACGUAAUUACGGAAAUUACGUAAAUUAUUUAAUUAGUAGCCGCAAGGAAAAAUAAUAAAUAAUUUAUCAUGUUGUUGAAGAAAAGUGAAGAUAUAUUUAUUUUCUUUUUAUUUUUUCAAACAGAAAAUUUAAAGAUGUUAUGUUUGUAUUACAUAAAAUAAUGUAAAAUAAUUUCGUGAAAACAUCUCAGUCUAAUGAUACUUAUACGAUUAAAUCGAAUUAUAUGAAAUUUAAUUUAAUUUAAAAUUACAGUACAGUAUACUAUUCUAUAGUACCUCUUACUGUGAAUGCGUACGUAUAUAAAUUUUAGAAUGAUAUAUUAUUUAUGUAAAGACAAAACAAUAGAAAUAUAAUAAACACUAAUAUACAA